AAGUGCACACUCGCCGUUUACAUUAAUCCCAAAUGAUCCUGUCAUUAUUGUUCCUCUUCGCAUCGUCUGUCCAACAACAUGGAUCGCAAGCCGAGUCAAACGUCAGCAGCAAGCUCCCCCAUACAGCAAUGAAGCAACACAACGGAGUCCACAAUUCCAAGCAUGAGAAAGUCAUCGUGGUGUCUGGAGAUGGAACAGUGCACAGUCCAGACUUCCCCCACACCUACCCCCGCAAUAGGCUGCUUGUGUGGAGGCUCAUUGCCGCCGGCGAUAACGUUCGCAUACAGCUGACGUUCGAUAAAAGAUUUGGGCUGGAGGAUCCGGAAGAUGGAAUAUGCAAGUAUGACUUCAUCGAGAUCGAGGAGCCUGAUGAGGGCGCUGUUCUGGGCCGGUGGUGUGGCUCAGGGUCGCCGCCGGGAACACAGGUGUCAAAGGGGAACCAGAUCAGGAUACGGUUCAGAUCGGACCAGUACUUUCCCUCAAAACCGGGAUUCUGCAUCCAUUACUCCCUGCUCCCAAUGAGCGUUCCCUCGACUCCAGCCCCCUCGGCCCUGCCCCCGGCUCUGCAGACUGUGGAAGUGUUGACGGAUGCGGUCGCUGGCUUCAGCACGGUGGAGGAGGUUAUGAAAUACCUGGAGCCGGAUCAUUGGCAGCAGGAUGUGGAGGAGCUGUACAAACCAACAUGGCAGGUGCUGGGGAAGUCCUACAAUCACCCCAGGAAAUCCAAAGGUGUGGUGGAUCUGAACCUGCUGAGAGAAGAGGUGAGACUCUACAGCUGCACCCCUCGAAACUUCUCCGUAGCCCUCAGGGAGGAGCUGAAGCGGACCGACGCCAUCUUCUGGCCCAGCUGCCUGCUGGUGCAGCGCUGUGGUGGGAACUGUGCUUGCUGUGCCCACAGGUGCUACGACUGCCACUGUGCGCCCACCAAAGUCACCAAGAAAUAUCACGAGGUUCUCCUGCUGAGACACAGAGCCGGAGGUCGAGGAAUCCUGAAAUCUCUGACAGACGUACCCCUGGAACACCAUGAGGAAUGUGGCUGCAUGUGCAAAAACCAUUCCGAGGGGUAGAAGUGUGCCAGCUUGCCUGCUUCAAAGGGCACAAACUGUACGCCUUACAGCGAGGCCCAACUCCCAGUCGUCUC